AUGGCUGCGUACGAAGAGUCUGGUGAUGGGUCCUACGGGGGACGGCCAUCGAGGCCUUAUGAAGGCGGUGGUGGGCUGUCUCGGAGGCCAAGGCCGGUCACAGAUUAUGGGUCGUCAAUGGUCCAGUGGAUGCGUACGCGACGGCCGAGAUACAAAGGGGCUCAUCGUAUGGAGGUCGAAAGACCCAGCGCAAGCUAUACAGUUGAUAUGCUGCCCCCACUAGCGAGAGUGCACUCGCCUGCGGAUACGAUACCGGUGCGACAUCUCCAUCAAUCGAUCGGAAAGUCGAAAAAACCUAUCACGGUGGUGAGGUGGACACCGGAAGGUCGACGCCUACUGACAGGUGGACAUACCGGCGAGUUCAUGCUUUGGAAUGGAACUGCGUUUAAUUUCGAGACCGUGAUGGAUGCCCAUUACGAUCAAUAUCAAGCCGGCGUCACAUCCGCUGCGUGGUCACACAGCCAUGACUGGCUCAUCUCUGGCGGACAAAAAGGCGAUGUCAAGUACUGGCGACCAAACUUUAACAAUGUCGAAACCGUUGAUGAUGCCCACCACGAUGCAGUGCGAGACCUAUCAUGGAGCCCGAGUGACACAAAGUUCCUUUCAGCGUCGGAUGACACGACACUCAAGAUUUUUGACUUCACCGCCCGUGCUUGUGAUACCGUUCUAACGGGUCAUAACUGGGAUGUCAAAUCCUGCGAUUGGCAUCCCACUAAAGGCUUGUUGGUAUCAGGCUCAAAGGACCAUCAGGUCAAAUUCUGGGACCCCCGGACUGGAAGAUGUCUGACUACCCUCCACAGUCACAAAAACACAGUCACGACUACGCGAUUUUCUAGAGUCAACAACAAUCUUCUAGCUACGUCGUCACGAGAUUCUACGGCCAGGAUAUUUGAUCUGCGAAUGAUGCGCGAUAUAUGUAUUCUUCGAGGACAUGAAAAGCCAGUAUCAUCGUUGACAUGGCAUCCGGUUCACAGCUCUUUGAUUUCGACGGGGAGCGAGGAUGGCUCAUUAUAUCAUUACUUACUGGAUGAGCCGAAUCUCCCCUCUGGUCAAGUACCUACCGUGGCACCAUAUGACAGUAACGACCCUCUUAAUACGCCACCGCAAGUAAUAUAUCCUGCUCAUCGCAUUCAAUACGCCCAUGGCUCCACAAUUUGGUCUCUCCACUGGCAUCCUCUAGGACAUAUACUCGCUUCCGGCUCAAAGGAUAACUUUACACGUUUCUGGUCCCGUGCCCGACCAGGGGAGACUGCAUAUAUGACUGAUCGAUUUCACAUCGGAGAAGAAGCUGCGGAGGCACAAGGAACGUGGAACCGAGGAUUUGGCAGGAAACAAAUGCGUGAGGAAGAAGAACAGGAGCUUCAAGACGAGGCAGAGGGCCUUGUCGACCAGAGGGCUACCGCUGCGACUCUUCCCGGCAUUCAGGGUCUGCCCGAUAUUUCUUUAGCUGGUGGUUUGCCUGGACUGCUUCCGGGCAUUGGUAAUACUCAGCCGCCUCCUCAGCCUAGCAUGGCCACCGGGCCCAAUCAACUAGCUGCAAUGUUUGGAGGUGCACCGAUGCCUCCUAUUUCAAAUGGGAACUAUGCACCACACAAUCCCGGUCUCCUAGGCUUCGGCAUGAUACCUUCUGCUACCGCCACCCCCCCUCCGACGGCACCACCUACUCUGAACCCCAAUCUCAACCUCGCGGCAUUGCAGAAGCAAUUGCUUGCGCAGGGAAUCGAGCUGCCUGCGAAUUUCGCCAACCCAAGCACAUGGAACAGGAGCUAA